GCACCAAUAAUAGCACGACAGAGUGUUUACUGUUGUGAUUAUAUUUAGUUCUGUAGUUGGAUGCCACGGUAAACUGUUUGCGCUGUCAACCAAGGAUAGGAGUCACCAGGACAGCUAGUGCAACCAGAGGUGGAAGCAACGCUUGUCGAACAGUAAUCCCAAGGAUAUUUCAAACCUCCAGGAUCCCUUUCAAGUUUCCAGUCUCUGGUUCGCUUUGUUACAACAAUGGCCGCUUUCCUGUCAAUAUUUAGACGUGGUUUGGAUCAGGACAUGGUGGACAAUGUGAACGGAUUCUGGUCGGUUCUCCUCUUGGCCCUCUGCUCGGUAGGGGCAUUUCUAGUGCGAUACAUUACUGAUCCUACAAGCUGCUGGUACCCUUCACAAUUUGAGGCAUCACAGGUUUCAUACUCCGACCAUGCCUGCUUCCUCACGGAUGUCUUUUCCCAACCUGACACAAGUGAUGUCCCAAAGUCAAGGCAUGAUCGUGUCCCCUCCUACCAUCUCUGGAUACCCCUCAUACUCUUCUUCCAAGCCCUUGCUUUCAAAGUACCAAACAUCAUCUGGAACAGUGGCAAGCACUUCCUCACUUUCAACAUGGACGAAACUGUCGAGUCCCUGAAAAAAAUACAACUGACCAAUGCUGAGAAUCGCCAGGCUAUUUUCAGUGAUGCAGCCCGAGUAUUUGGAAGUCUACUGAGAAGAAAUCGAUUCUUUCUGGCGCUGUUGUACCUAUUUGUGAAGAUUCUCUCAUGUGUCAAUCUCAUAGCACAGUUUAUGUUCCUCACGAUAUACUUCAGACAAUACCUGGCAAUCAGGGUAGGAUCCUAUGCUGGUUUGGAUAUGGGCUCCAUCGUAAAACCAUUACUUGUGAAACAGGUUUUUUGCGACAUCGGUGUGAGAAUUUUGGAAACUCUUCGAACAUACACUUUUCAGUGCACUCUGCCAAUCACCGAAAUCUAUGAGAAGAUGUUCAUAUUCCUGUGGUACUGGGUCUUCCUCCUGGCUGUCAUCACAAUCCUAAACCUUGUCCUGUGGGCAGGAUUUCUCUUCAUACCGUUCCUAAGAGAUGGCAGGAUAGCUGCCCACAUCAACGCUGCCAAAGGAUCUCGCCCUGACGAACCCAAUGUAACUCGUUUCAUCAGAAGUUUCCUCGGAAUCGAUGGUGUACUUGUCUUGUCCAUGAUAUCCCAGAAUUCCAGCGAGUUAGUUGCAGCAAAUCUCACCCAACAUUUGUACCUGGUGUUUCAGGAGAAGGAAGAGGAACUUCAGAAUCAGCGACAUCUCUGCACAGGAGAACCGGAAUGUGGCAUUGUCCAAAAUGAAGCAACAGGAACCAUGGCAGCUUUACCAAUGAGCGAUCUACCCUCUGGUCCUGAAAAGUCGGAGAAGGACCAGAUUGUGUGACGACAGAACUGGUCACGCCUAUGUCCCGGGUUCGAUCUCCUGCAGGUGUAUAUUGUGUGAAGCCCAUUUCUGGUUAUCCUCGUCAUCAUAUUGCUUGAAUAUUGCAAAAUGCGGCGUAAAAUCAUAUUCACUCACUUAAUUAUUAUUGUAUCAAGAGUAAUAACACAAACUGAUUAUUUGAAUGUCUAAAAUGGACAUCCAGUUUGUUGCAUUCUGUAAUGACAGCGUCUCUAUUAAAAUAUUUCACUUAA